AACAAAAUUAACCCUCAGAACCUCCGCCCUCUCUCUCUCUCUCUCUCUCUCUCUCUCUCUAAUCCGCAACCGAAACCUCCACUCUCUCUAUCCUAGGUUUAGGGUUCGGGGAUCGAAUCGAUGGGGCAGCAGUCGUUGAUCUACAGCUUCGUGGCGCGCGGCACGGUGGUCCUCGCAGAGUACACGGAAUUCACCGGAAACUUCACCAGCAUAGCCUCCCAGUGCCUCCAGAAACUUCCGGCCACCAACAACAAGUUCACCUACAACUGCGACGGCCACACCUUCAACUACCUCGUCGAUAAUGGCUUCACAUAUUGUGUAGUCGCAGUUGAGGCGGUUGGUCGACAAGUUCCUAUUGCCUUCCUUGAGCGGAUCAAGGAGGAUUUUACCGGUAGAUAUGGUGGGGGAAAAGCUGCAACAGCAGUUGCAAAUAGCCUGAACAAGGAAUUUGGGUCCAAACUGAAGGAGCACAUGCAAUACUGUGUGGAUCAUCCCGAAGAGAUCAGCAAGCUUGCAAAAGUGAAAGCUCAGGUUUCCGAAGUCAAAGGAGUUAUGAUGGAAAAUAUUGAGAAGGUUCUUGAUCGUGGGGAGAAGAUUGAACUUCUGGUGGAUAAAACAGAGAACCUCCGCUCACAGGCACAAGAUUUCAGGCAGCAGGGGACCCAGAUGAGGAGGAAGAUGUGGUUGCAGAACAUGAAGGUCAAGCUGAUAGUUUUGGGAAUCUUAAUCGCAUUGAUUCUCAUCAUCGUUCUAUCCGUGUGCAAUGGCUUCAAAUGCUGAUGUGUCCAGACUCUUACUGCAGACUGGAUGACGUUCGUUCCUCGCGCAGAUUUCUGGUCUACGUAUAAUUAUUUUUGGCAAAUCCUACUUUCUGCAAUAUUUUGUAUUGUAAGACCGUUUGUAUAGCUUGUAUUCGCGAAUUCUUUCUAUAAUAGGCCCGCUCGGAAGUGUGAAUUGCUCUUUGAUUCCUUUUGUUCCGUGGAACUUAUGUUGUAGCACUUUGUGACUGAUUUGGCAAAACAACUGUGAGUGUUUCUAGA